UGUCAGUAAAAUAAUUGGUUACGGUAUAGCUAAAAAUAUUACUAUAUAAAUUAGGGGCAAACAGAAAGUUAUACUUCAAAACCAAAUUUAAGCUUGCUAAAAGUUCACCCCCGUAAACAUCAAAUUGUUUGCACCUUCAAACUGCAGGUAUUGUUGCUCUCUGUUCAUGCAAAAAGAGUGAAAAAAUAAGCCCUCUAACACCCCCCUGAUCGACAUAAGUUUCAGUGGCAAAAGUGCUGGUGUGGACCCUGCUCUGUCGGCAGGAGAGCGCUCUCCUGCUGGCAAAGGGCGGCUACACGGGAGAUCUUGCUGGGCCGCUGUACGGCCUGUAGUGCCUUAGAGUCGUCCUGGAUAGUUCUCCGAAAACAUCUGCUCCAGGUGCAGCGACAGUCACAGAGGCGAAGAGAACGUUGAGAAUCCCCCGGAAAGGGGUAGGUAACAAGACAGAAAUUAUCACAUUGCCUCUCUGUAAAUCCAUGGCCCGCCCACGCCUUGACUACUGCCUGCAGUUCUGGUCGCCCCGUCUCCAAAAAGAGAGAUUGGAAUUGGGAGAGAGCAACAGGCAUGAUGAGGGGUGUGGAACAGCUUCUGUAUGAAGACAGAGACUCUGCCGCCGGAAAUGGAGCAGGACUGGUGGAAGAGGCUCUUGUCGUAUACAAAGGGCGUGAGAAGGGGACGUUCCAGCAGCCAGUGGCGAUUUCUCCUGAACUGGAAGUGAGACUCAGUGAUUUCUCCCAGAAAAUUGUUGCCCUCAUGGAGACCCUGAGGAAAUUCAAAGCCACUCUGCCGCCUCAGCUGGAGACAAAGAGAGGGGACCCCCUAGGAGCACACAGACAGGUGCACGUGACCCUGGAUCCAGAGACGGCGCAUCCCGAACUCGUCCUCUCUGCAGACGGGAAGAGCGUGCGAUGGGGACACACGCGGCAGGCGCUGCCCGACAACCCGGAGCGAUUUGACUCGGAGCGCUGCCUGCUGGGCCGCCAGGGCUUCGCCUCGGGGCGCCACUGCUGGGAGGUGGAGGUGCGGGUGCAGGAGGGGGGGCACUGGGCGGUGGGGGUGGCCAGGGAGUCCGUGCGGCGGAAGGGCUGGAUCAACCUGAACCCCGAGGAGGGGAUCUGGGCGGUGGAGCGGGGCUGGUGGGGCCAGUUCCGGGCUCUCACCUCCCCGGCCACCCGCCUGCCCCUGCGGCGCGUCCCCAGCAGGAUCCGGGUUUGUCUGGACUGUGACCGGGGGCAGGUGGCCUUUUUUGACGCUGUUAGCGAGGCCCCGAUCUUCACUUUCCCGCCGGGCGCCAUCCCCGGGGAGAGAAUCCGCCCCUGGCUCUGGGUGUGGAGAUCCUGGCUCAGGCUGUGUCCCCCGGGGGACCCCAAAACCCGCCUGCCCGGCCUCCGGUGCCCUAGUCUCUAUGACUGCGGAGGACUGCUGUCUUCCUACCGCCUGUCUCCCUGCGGUCUCUGCGACCCCGCCGGCUCCCUGGAGUCGCUGGACUUUGAAACCGCAGAGAGCAGGGAGUGACGGAGGGAGAGCAGCCAGUCGCGUCGCCCCCCCCCCCCCCCAGGAUUUCUGUAGCCUCUUUGUCACUGUUCUCUGUGGUCCAGGAGGGGCGUCUCCAGCUAGCUCUCAUCCCAGUCUCUGUGACCCUCAUGGACGCCCAGCCCCCCUGGCACUUUACCUCUGACCCCUGAAACCUCCUCCCCCAUCCCUCCCUGCAGCACCAGGGAUGGGGGGAGGACCCCGGGAGCUACCCAAGAGGCAAAAGCCCAGGUGCUGGAACUCGGGGGGCUGGGGGUGCGGCGGCGGCAUCCCCUGGCUUGCAAUGGUUUCCAUCCUAGACAGGGCUGAGUGUUUGGUUCAAUGGCUUUCUGCACCUCCCCCACCUCCCAUACAAAUUGUUCCCGCACCCCUGAGCAGAUGUGGGGGCUGGGCAGGGGCACAGGAUUAAUUAAUUAGUCUUUGGGGGGGUUGGGGGGGGAGCUGGAAGCGCCACAGCAGCAGGGAGUGUUUUGUACAAAUCUGUGUCAUUCGAUCUCCCAGCCAGCACCUCUCCCCCCCGGAGCCAAAGUCACCUUCCCCUGUAACUCCCGGACAGCUGCUCACAUUGUGAAAUGGUCACAUACACGCGGGGGGUGGGCAGGGGUGCAGAUAGACCAAAGCCCAUUAUAGAAUCGUUUAAAAAAAUCCUCAUUUGGGGUCAGUCUCAUGAUGUGUAUUUAUUUAUUUUUUUAAACUCCUGAGGUUGGCAGGGGCAGGGCGGGUUGAACCAGAGGGGAUAGGAGAAGCAAGACGAAAAGGUGAACUAAAAUAAAACGAGAAUGAAGGGAGUGUCUGGGAGAAAUGGCAGCAAAUAGAAAUGAAAAGCGUGAAAGGAAAAUCUGCCUGGCAGGGGAACCAGCCGGGGAGCGGGAAGAGGGGAAGGGAUCCAGCCAGGGGAAAGAAUGGAGAAGCCAGUGAUCUGUGGCAGGGAGGGGAGGCCCGUGGGAGAGACCCAGGAAACUAAGCAGGGAUGGGAAGUGAGGGCCAGGAAAAUGCUGAGAAGAAAAGGGAACAUGAGUGGCGCGGAGACUGAUGACGUUACUGAAAGUGAGCCUGUCCCGCCGUAAUUCCCUCUGUUCGUUCCUGCAUGUUCAUGCUGCUGUCGUGCCAUGAAGAAACCUGUUCUCAGUAGUGGGGAAUCUCCUUUCCCGUCCGCCUUUUACUCUCCAGCUUCCCAGUUACUUACUGUCAAUAAAACAUUACAAA